AAAAUAAGUAUAAUACGGUUGAAAAUGGGAAAGAUCAACAAUCACACGGAUUCAAGUUCGGAAGAUGAAAUUCCUACAAGUGUUUUGAGAGAAAUAAUCGAUCAGGACUUUUUAAAUGACAAUCUUUAUAGUACGGAAAAAAAUAAAAUCGUUCCCCAAAGUGAGUCAAGCAAAUUAAAAAAGCGAUCUUUGAGAUUAAGCUCCAACCAGGAAAAUCAGUUUACAAAUUUUGGUGUUACAAGUGAAUUUCAAGCUUUUGUUGCUCAAAAACUAGAUGAGAUGUUGGAACGAACCAUCAAGUUAAAAAAUAAAAAAUUUACCAAAUUACGUGACGUAGAACAGAAGGUGAAGAGAAAACAGUCUGGAAUAAAGCUUUUAAGUACAUCAAAAACUCUUCUAACUGCUAAAGAGGUCACUGAAAUACCUGUGGAACAGAUACCAAGACCCAAAAAACACAAGAAACACUACGAAAUUUCAGAAAACGAAGACGACUUAGCCAAAAUCCGUGAAGCUGCUGUUGACGCGGAAUUCAUAUUCAGCGGAUCGGAAACAAAAGCUUGGAGCGACAAACGAUCAGAUUUGGUAUUUAAAUAUAAGAUAUUAAAAGAUGGCACUUUAGAACAGAUUGUCUAGUCUUGGAUUUUUAAAUCUGCGAUAAAAACUUCUUGUACAUACAAAAUGCAAUGUACAUAUGUGCGCGAAUAUCUUAUAAAUAAAAUUGUGUCACUGAAAGAGAAA